GUAUAUAAGUCAACGUCAUCAUUCUGAUUCUCAACAGAAGUUUCUGUUUUCCUCUUCUCAAAACAUGGAGAAAUUCAUUGUUGGUGUAGCUGCGACUGCGUCCACGUUGGCAUGUUUGGUGAUGGUUAUCACUAUUCCUCAACUCUACAAUACUAUUUUGGAGGUUCAUGAUGAAGUACUCGACGGAGUCAGUGUCUUCAGAAUUGAGACAGAUGCUGCUUGGACUGAUAUGAUGGAUAUUCAAAUCACUGUUACACCACCAUCAAAACCACGUGUGAAUCCAUUCAAUUCAAUUUUCCGUCAGAAAAGACAAGACUUCUCCGGACUUCCAGCUUGGUGUCAAUGUGAACCUGCAAAACCAGUAUGUCCACCAGGACCACCGGGACCACCAGGAGAGCCAGGACAACCUGGAAGUGCUGGACCACCGGGACCACCAGGAGAAGACAAUACUGCUACAUUUGCUCCUAUCACGUGCCCACCAAAAGAUCCUUCAUGUGUCAAAUGUCCAGAAGGGCCUGCCGGGCCUCCAGGACCAGAAGGGCCAGCUGGACCAGCAGGAUCCGAUGGUCAACCAGGCGCGCCAGGAGAUGCUGGAAAAGAUGGACCACCUGGACCACCUGGACCAGACGGAGAUUCUGGACCAAAUGGAGAAGCGGGACCGAAUGGAGAACCUGGAGCACCUGGAAAAGACGGAGAAAAGGGCAAGGGAGAGCCAGGGCCAGCUGGACCACCAGGACCUCCAGGACCAGGAGGUCCACCUGGAGAUGCUGGAGGCGCCGGAAGCGAUGGUGCUCCAGGACCACAGGGACCACCAGGACAAGAUGGAACUCCAGGAAAUGCAGGACCAGACGGACAGCCAGGAUCCCCAGGAGGGCCAGGAUUACCAGGAAACGAUGCAGCUUACUGUCCAUGUCCUCCAAGAUCAGCUGUUUUUGUCAACCGUUUUGCCCAUUAAAUAUUCUGAUAUCAAUAAAAUUUAUGAAUUUC